AUGCCCUUUCUCGCCCGUCUAGCCAGCCUGCUGGGCCUCUCCUCCCCGGCUCCCGUUACGCCCCCAGGCGCCGCCCUGGCAGCAACCGUCACAGUGCCUGCAUCCUUGGGGUUUGUCCCGGUCGCAAUUCACUUUGAUCUGUUCAAUAUCCUCGUGGCCCAUGGUGGGCCAGCAACGCCUGACGAAGUGUCGGCAACAUGCAAUGCGCACAUCAAGGCACGUGGAAGAGAUGAGCCUGAGCUGAGUACAAAGUUGGCCUCUGACACGCUUUACAUCAUGUCUGGACUGGGUCUGAUCGAGCGCGUGGCCGAGGACAGCUUCACUGCAAAUGCCAUCACAAAACACAUGGUCGCCAUGCCUUCUGCCCAGCAUGGCGCCCUCCACUUCACAACCGAAGGCUUAAUGGCUGGUGCAUUCUUAAUGAAGAAGCUCCAGGAUACGGGCUUUGCGUAUCCCUUCGCCGAUUCAGAUGGCCCCUUGCAAUAUGCCUAUCGGCUUAUGGGUCAAUCUGAACUGGCAGACCAACACACGUACUCAAUUAUGGAGAAACAGGGCCGCAUGGACAGUUUCAAUCAGUUCAUGGUCGGCAAGUUUCUCAAAUUUGGGACAUUUCCCGAACGCGUCAAAUCCAUGGGCUAUGACUUGGAUGGGGCUUUGAAUGGUGACUUUGCUGAGGACUCUGCUGCCAUGGUGGAUAUUGGCGGCGGUCGUGGCGAGCUCCUUCUGGAGAUCAAGGCUGUCUACCCGCAUCUUGCAGGGGGUCUAAUCGUUCAAGAGUUUAACGCAGGCAUCAAUGAUGUGCCCGGUGUGCGUCUAAUGAAGUGGAACUACAAGGAAUCGGCCGAGCAACCGGUUCGUGGAGCGUGCGUUUACUCGCUGCAGCACAUCUUGCAUAACUUGCCUGAUUUGGAUGCUGUCUCGUUACUGCAGAAGAUCUCUCGAGCCAUGGGACCUGGUUCACGGGUUUUGAUCAUUGAAUAUGCUAAAAACAUGACUUAUACUUCGCUUCAUGCCAGUAUGAUUGCCUUAUAUGGAGGGCGAGAACGGAGCGCGACGGAGUGGCGGCAACUGGCGAGUUUGACGGGGCUUGAGGUGACCUUUGAGAAUUAUGUUAGGGCUGGAGAGAGUUUGGUGGAGAUGAGGAAGAUCGACAGAAAUAGUUAG